AUAAAUUCAUGUUUUAUGUUUACAUAUUCUCAUGAUACAACGACAUGGGAGACUAGCGGGAAAAAAGAUGAGGAAGAGUAUCGCAGUUCUUCAUGUCGUCUUACGACGAUAGUACUCUCUCAAGAUGAGCGCUGCAGCGACCUUCAUCCUUUCCGGUCCCCUCUUUCCGCCGGCGGCAUUCUCUUUCUCCACACCACAUUCCCGCCAAAUUGCAUUGUCGAAACAUCAACGAUGGCCGUGCCUAGGGUUCCUGGCAAGGCCUCAAAAGCAAACACCGUACCUUGAUGGCUCCAAACGUUCAGCUCCUCCUCUUCCUCCUCAUGGAGAAGUCAAAGCCGUCGGUGGAGGCGAGAGGGUGGUGCCGUCGCCCUGGGAUGAGAAGCCGUACGAAAUUAUGCCAAGUGGAAAGAAAGUGUACUUGGAUGAGCAGGACAUUGUCUCAUUUCUUGAUCCUCCAAAGGACUUGAUUCCUCUUGACCCUGCUUCUUACAACCCUGCUGCAUAUCUUUGGAAAAAAAUUGGAGAUAUUCCCGAAGAAAGGCGUCAUCGGUUGUUGCACUUAUUAAAACCCAGGCUUAUAUCAAGAGUUUGGACAAUAGCUGGAGCACGAUAUGAUGAUCCUAAGUUAAGAAAAGAAAGUGCUUCUAGCUUGCUUUCUGUUGAAAAUGGUGCAGUGUCACUUGAAUUUUGGAAUUGCAGGAAAAGCGGAGGACCGAUGCCUAUUGCUUGGAUAAAUUUCUUCAAGAAGGCUUUAUUUGGCUGCAAGGAUGGGAAAACUUAUGGGCGAUUUAUUGUUCUUGCUGGAUUUGCAAAUUCAUUUAGCCGAUUGUAUUUUGUGCUGAGACAAGUCAAGGAAGUGAUAUCAACAGAAGAGCCUUGUGAUUUUGCAUAUGAAUUUGGAGAUGGACUCUUCGACCUUCAUAAAUACCCUCAGGGAUUCCCAAAACCAGCAAAACAUCCGUGGCCUUUCUCUGAUCAGGUGGUUGUAUAUGGUCGUCACGUGGGACCGGGGGUGGUUGUAGGGCAAGCUUGGCAAGAAGGAAAAGCCUUGGAGCAAGUGCCUCAGAAGUUAUGUGGUGAGAUUUUGAUGGUGAAAGAUUAUUCUGGUUAUGGAGAACACUGAGAUGAACCACGUUUUGUUUUGUUUUGUUUUUUCCUUUCGAGUAUAGAUGAUCAACGACUGACAAGUGCUUUAGCUUUGAGGUUGUGUGCUGGAAAGUUGAUAAAUCUGUGUAAAUUCUCUCUUGUGAAAUCUCAUAUUUUGUUUUUUUAUUGUGGUUAAA